AUGUCCUACAGCUGCUGUUCUGGAAGCUUCUCCUCUAGAUCCUGUGGAGGUCAACUAUACUACCCCUCCUCCUGUGGCUCUUCCUUCCCUCGCCAACUGACCCACAGCACUAACUUCUGCUCUCCCAGAAACUGCCAUCUGGGUUCCUCUUUCGGCCAUGGCUGUCAUCAGAACUGCUUCCAGCCCAUCAGAUGCCAGACUUCCCAUGUGGUGACCAGCUCCUGCCAGCGUCCUUGCUACCGUCCAAGUGUGUCCAACUUCUGCAGGCCUUGUAGGACCACAUAUGCUGGCUCUCUUGGUUUUGGGUCUAGCAGCUGCCAUUCCCUGGGCUAUGGGUCAAGGAGCUUCUACACUUCAGGGUGUGGUUCCAGAGGCUUUAGACCUGUGAGUUAUGGAGUCCGUGGCUAUCCUUCCUUCGGUUACAGAUCUGGAUUCUGUCACCCGACCUAUGUGACUUCUAGAAACUUCCAGUCUUCUUGCAACCUCAGACCCACCUGUGGAUCAGCCAUCUGGAGAUCAAGUUGCUGAACUUGCUGAAUAUAACUGGUCUGAGUUAGCUUAGUGCUACUGUCAUAGGGUUUUCUAAAAAGGCUAACUAAUCUCCCUCUGGAUCCUUUCUCUGGCAAGACAAGCUCUAUUCAACUACAAAAUGACAGAAUAACCAAAAUAUAAGUCUAAAUGUCUUUUAAAAUGAGCAAUUACCUAUUCACAAAUUUUUGGACUGUGUAUGGAAGUUCAGUUAUAUUUGACCUAAUAAAAUCAUUCAUUCUUCCA